AGCAGCUUCUGGCAGCAGGCCGGGGCAGAAGAUAAGGUCUCUUUAGCUCAUCACCUGUCUUUGAUUUCUCAGCUGUGCCCUUCAAGGAAGAUGAGUGGUUCCACACCCCAGUGUCAUGGUCGCAGCCAGAGUGCCUCCUCCAAUGGUGUGUUCGUGUCCCCCAGCACCCGGCGGCAGCCUCUCAGUGCCUCCAACACUCCGGUGCUUGACAGCUUUCUGGGGAAUGACGAUGAACAGGAAAGGAAGCAGCGACGACGCUCCCGGGCCAUUGAUCUGCAUCUCAGCAGCAAUGAGUCACCCCUCUCUGUGAAGUCCAUUUCCAACAGGUCAGCUGAGAUUUCUGUACCUGUGAUCCCGAAAUUGACAAACACCCAGAUUUCAGAUCACUAUUCCACCUGCAUCAAGCUGUCAACAGAGAAUAGAAUCACCACGAAGAAUGCAUUUGGCCUGCACCUCAUAGACUACAUGGCCGAGAUACUCAAACAGAAGGACUCCGAACUGACCAAUUUCAAGAUAGCAGCCGGCACCCUGGAUGCCAGCACAAAGAUCUAUGCGGUUAGAGUGGAUGCUGUCCAUGCAGAUGUGUACAAAGUUCUUGGAGGGCUGGGCAAAGACUCAGCACCUCCAAGGGAUGUGGACAGCCAGGAUACAGAUGGAGCUGCUGCUGGUACGGAAGCUGCCAAGAAAUCUCAGCCAAAGAAGAAGCACUCGUACAAAACAAUCGAGCAGAAUCUGAAUAACAUAAAUAUCUCUGAGGCAGAUCGCAGAAGUGAGGUCGAUCCCAUGUUCCAGAAGACCGCAGCCUCCUUUGAUGAGUGCAGCACGGCUGGCAUCUUCCUCAGCACCCUGCACACUCACAGCUAUUGCUGUGAACUCCUGUUGGAUUCUAAGGUCACACCUCUCCCAUCUUCUGAACCUGUAGAGUCGCCGAGCUCAACUCCUGUGAAGGUGGCAGACUUGAAAUCUAUCCUGCUGCAGUGUCUGGAACAGCGCCCCAUCUGCCCAACCUUGAGUGGCUUCCAGUUCACUCAGUGGGACAGUGACUCCCAUAAUGAGUCAGCAUCUGCUCUGCUGGAUAAAUUUAAGAAAAGCGACCACGUGUUUGAUAUCAACACUGAGGUGGAUUGUGACCCUGUAGACUUGGCUGACGCUCUAGUAGACGAUGACUUUGAUGCAGAUAUGCCAGAUAGGACAGUAGCAGAGGAUCUUGGAGAAUUCUCAGAAAAGCUGGAAGCCCGCAGGAUGGUGCGUGAGAACAUGAGAAAGGACGAGAUUCCCCUUGUGGAGGGAGACAUCGGGACCAUGUGCCUCCAUCUCUCUGUGAACCCUGGAGAGUAUUCCUACUUCAGCCCUCGCACCAUGUCAAUGUGGGCCGGCCCUGAGCACUGGCGUUUUAAGCCUCUCCAUAAACCAGACGUGGCCUCUGAGAAGGUUGGCAGGAAGAAGAACACAAAGAAAGACUUUGAACUCAACUUUGAUGAGGAUAUUGACUUUGAGAUGCAUUUCCGUAAGACUAGGGCAGCUACAACUCUGGCCAAAUCAACUCUGGACAACCAAAACAAGAAGGGCACCACGCUCCCUGAAGACUUCCACUAUGACCCUGACAGCAUCAUCCAGCUCUCCCUCAAACCAGCUGUCAAGCUGUGGAGGAGAGCUGUGCAGAGCAACCCUGCUGAGCAAGAGGAUGAGAUUGGCGAGUAUGAUUACAACAACCCCAAUGACACCUCCGACUUCUGUCCUGCACUGAAGGCUGCUGCCAGUGAUGACGACGAUGAUCCCAUGGACUGUGUGGGCCAGGGUGGAACCUUUGAGGUGACUGUCGGGGGGGUGGAUCCAUACGGUGAGCUCAGCGGGGCGCUUGUGGCUGACAUCAUGACGUACGGCGAGGCCAACCUUGUUGCUGAGCCCCAGAAGGUCAAUAAGAUAGAAAUACAUUAUGCAAAGAUGGCCAAAAAGAUGGAUAUGAAGAGGCUAAAGCGGACCAUGUGGGAUCUCCUGACUGAUGUGCAGAAGGAACAGGUGGGGGCAGAGAAUGAAGAGGCAGAGAAGAAGACUCACUCUGCAACAGUAGCAGGCGAGAAGGUUUUCAGUGGCAUCACAAAGGAUCUGCUUCACAGGCUGCCUUCCAUGAUGGCUCAGAACCUCUCGGUUCCACUGGCGUUUGCCUGCCUCUUGCACUUGGCAAAUGAAAAGAAUCUGAAGCUGGAGGGGGUGGAGGACCUGUCUGACGUCCUUGUGAAGCAAGGGGAUUGACCUACCGUGGGCAGAGCUGGCUGCUUUUCAUCCCACCAUGAGACUGGCCAUUUGCUCCAGCAAGUGACACGACUGGGUCUCAUCACUCAGAGGUUUCUCUCCCCGGCCAGCAAUAUCAAUUGGCUUUCUCAACCCCUCGUGCAAAUCAUGGACACCUGCCUCUUCAACCUGAGCUUGUAAGGUCACUCAGGCAGAUGGGAUUGCUGCUCUUUGGCCUCCAGGGGAGCGGAAGACCUCUUUGAACUAUCACCCUUCUCCCUUGCUUUGUUAGGUGGGUCCCCUGUAAUAGUGACCCACAGAUUUCUGGUGCUUGCCAGAGCCACUGCUUCAGCAAGGAACUCCCCAGUAUCACCCUUCUCUGGGUGUGAACACUGCUGAGCUCUCCUGUACAGAUGAGGCUUCACCCCCUUGCCUGCGUUCUCUCUGAAAUGAUUUUACAUAUUUUGUACAGAGACUUCUUUUUAAAAAAAAAAAUAAACU